AUACACAGCAGGUUAGACUAUAAGACAAUUGUAACCUCUGUCACUACUUCCACACCUAGUACUCUACACCUAGACUACAUUCCAGAUCCGCGUGCAGCACAGGAUGCAGCAGAACUAGACAACUAUGUCGCGCUGCUGACAGAGACUGUGCAGCACUCUAUACAAACAGCAGGCAAGCUUAACCACAAGGAAGGACGCGCUGCGCUGUAGUAGACUAAGGAGUGAAAGACUGCUUAUUAAGCCUACAAGCGCGCUUAGCAAACCUGCCUAGGUAGACCUCUCCUUAAAGAAACACAAGCCUUUAAGAGUACAGUUUAAUAGGCUAAAAGGUAGUACUAGAGGCAUAUUAUUAAUAGUGCUAAGGAUAACAAGGACCUAUUUAAGGUUAUUGCCUAGCAUAAGCUUACACUAGAGAACUAGGACACUCCUCUUAUUAUAGACAACAGGACAAUAUCUAACCCCCUAGAGAAGGCUAAGGCACUUAGACAGGAAGUCCUUAAUUAGUACACAGCAGAUAACAAUCUUAGCCACCACCCAGAUCAGGAGACUGCGGCCCCUCUCCUGUAGAGCACGCACAUCUCACUAGAGGAGUCAGAGC